AUAGUGAAGAUAUUCAUCUCUUUAGUUUGGGAGAGCAUAUGAUACAAAAGGGACCAAAAAUACUUGACAGUAAUCACCAGGAAGGACUACUAGCUUUAUCAGCCUUUGGCAAUUGUUUGACACUACUAAUAUUAUCACCAUAGUUGGUGACAAAAACUAUUACGGCUGGGCAGUAUAUAUGAAUACAGCCCACUAAUAACCUUUGAUUUAUCUGUCCAAGAGUUAGGUACAAAAGUUAGGUUACUAUCCUCAUCAAAGUCUACAAAUUCAUGUUUAUGUUGCUUAAUACAGUGGCCUUCAUGGUUUGCAUUUCUGAAAAGGGAAAGAAAUCUCUACUCAGCACAUUCUGGCACAUAUCUUGCCAAGUAGGCAACUGAAAUUGGGGCACUCUUUUGCAAUAAGCAUUAGAUUUGUUUUAUUAAACAUGGUGUUGUUUUGUGUUGAAGUACAUCAUACAUAUGGUACUGAUCCCAUAUAUUACCUUUGUAUCUAUAUUUCUUUGGAUAUAGUUUAUAAUAUUUAACCAAAACUAAAGCAGAGAUUCUAAAUAGUAUUAGUCAUAGCUGCCCAAAUCAAUUUAUUUUUUUACUCACAGUUAGUAGAGUAUUCUUAAUUUAUGUGUCCACUAUCAUUCUAUACUGUAAUUAUUUCAACUUCUAUGAAAAUUGUUAGCUUCUGUACUUUUUAUCACCUUGCUAAAUGUCUCAUUGGCAAUUAUUUAUUUUUCUUUCUAAAUUUAGUGCACAGUGUAUACUUACCACACCCAUCAUCUAUUAAAUUAUUGCAACACAUCAAAAUAACAUUCCAUGUCAUGAUCAUCACAACUCCCUGCUCAUAGUCAUACAUUCUUCAAUACUCAUGACCACUCCAUCCCUUGCUGUUAGGCUCCCUACCCCAUCACAGCCAGGUCAGGUUACAAGGAUCAUAUUACGACUUGUGCUCCAUGUGACUGAGAGCCAUCCUUGUCCUCCUCUGGCUCCAGAUGACAGCCAGGAUAUGCUAAUGAGUGGCAUGUGUGGAUGCCUCACCGACAGUUUUGUGCUCUACAACACUAUCCUCCUCAUCACCAUUAUAUGGAGUCUGCACCACCGUGAGUCAGAAGAAGCCCCCUUCAUGGCCUUUUGUGUUAACAUUCUCUCCAUCAUGUUUGACAUUGUCAAUAUGUCCUUAAAUUGGCCUGCUGUCCAAACUGGAGGUGCCAUGACAUUUGGUGCAGCCAUGGCAGUCAUCAACCUACUAAUGCGGCCUCUGUCAAGCUUCCUUCUCUACCGCAUAGUCCAAGACCGAGCAGGGUCAUAUGGCACUUUUGGACUGCCUUCUGGAUUUGAAAGCAUUUUUGGUGGACGACGCAGCCCCUAUGAGGACAUUGACCAGCCUCCUCAGCAGACGCCUUCUGGGAUUGAUACACAGAAUACUGCAGCUCCAGGGUCGCCACCAGACAAUCUCUUCACCACCUAAAUACCUAGUUGGCAAUUGGCAUUAAGAAGCUUCAUCUUUUGAGCUUUAUGUUGAUGAAUAUGAAUUGUUUUCAGCUCCUCAAAUGGACAUAAUUGAUGAUUGCUUUAUUUGCCAGUAGAUACAUGCCAAGUGAAACAGAAGGGAAGAUUCUAGUCUAAUGAAUAUCUUUGGCUAUUCAGGUUAUUCAUCUGAGGUAUGGGAAGAAUAAUGCAAAUAACAAGUGUGAUAGUAAUCCAGAGUAUCAAAAUAAUAUCACUGUGUGAAUUUCUUGAUUAGAAUAGAGUUUAAUGUUAACCUAAUGCCACCAGGAAAAUGUAGUGUUCACUGUAGUAUUACUUUAUGAAAUAUCAUUACACAUAGAUGGCUCCACAUUGAGCAAAAUAUGAGAAAAGAGAAAGAAAAUAGAAAAACAAGAAACGAAAACGAAAGUGCUUAUCCACCAAGGAGUCACAUAAGUAGACCUUGCCUGAUUUCACCUUUCUUAGACUUUUGGAUUUUGGAUUUUCUUUUUCUUUUUUUCUUUCUUUCUUCUUUUUUUUAUGCUAUCAAUAUUAGUAUAGUUAUUAUUAUUAUAGACAUUUUAAUUAU